AUGCCUUUCCCAGUCACAAUCGACUCCUCGAUCACAGUUCCGCGCUCGCAGUCGAAGCAUCGCCGAAGUGCUCUGCGUCAGGCCCCUGCGACGAGCGGCACGCUCUCGGCCACCGACGGCGCGGAGGAUCUCGAUCGAUGCGCCGCCGUGGGCACAUCGAGCCGACUCGUCGAAUUGAAUGACGAUCUUUGGCUCCACAUUCUGGAGAACAUCCCUGCCCGCGAGCUGACAAGACUCCGAACGGUCUCGUGAGUCGCACCUGACCAGCCGAAGCUCCUCCUAGCGCUACGCUAGGUCACGUGCCCGAGCUUUGUCGGCGACGUUAUGACGCCGUCGCUGACGGCACGAUCUUUCUGCCAGGCAUGACUUUUGCGCCAAGAUCUCGCACCUCCUACGGGCCCGAUUCCGACACCUUGCUUGCUCCAAGCAGUACGAAGUGUUGUUCGAAUCGUGCGCCCCCGCAGCGACGCGACGAAGCCUUCGUCACCGAGUCACGUUUUCUUCCUUUGUGUCAAACGAUCCUUCGUCAAUCGAGCUCGCCGAGUUUGGGUUCACGGGCUCGACGACAGCAUCUCAAUCCAUUACUUUAGACGACGAUCAGUCGUUCGGAAACAACAUCUUGGCGCUUCACAUUCGUACGGUCCACGCAUCCGCCAAAACUCCCCUGCACCUCGAAGCACCCGAGACCUGGCGUGCUGCGAGCUCUCCUCCGACACUGGAAAGCUACGCUUGGACGAUGACGGUUGCGAAUGGGAUGAACCGGGUGUUUCGCUCGUGGUUCGAGCGACCCGAUAUACCGCCCCCUUCUCCUCCAUCGUCACCCGAAUACGACUCAUCGGAUCAAGAGACAUUGCUGGCACCUCGACCGAAAGCGAUCAAGAUGCUCAAACCCGCGCUCGGGUGUGCGAUUCACUCUGCCCAGAUUCAGUGCCAUCUCGUGCAUGGGAUUGCGCGAGAUCCUAGAGUCACCUAUCAACCCCUCCCCGGAGCUCUGCCAAGUCGGUUCGAGUUUGCUUACGAAAGUCUCAAAGUCGAUGUCGCCCGUUUGGUCGUGGGUGUCGAAGAGGGGAUAAGGCGGAGCGGACACAAGGAAAGGUUCUUAAUGUGGCUCAGAGUGUGA